UGUUGGCGCUUGCGUGAUGCGAGGUGGUUCCGCAUGCGCGGUGGGGUAGAACCAAGCGCACGCUGAGGAGGAUCGGCCGCUGCUGUGCCUGGACUGUCUGCUCUCUGCGAUUAAAGAGCACGGCACGGGAUCCCGGCGCGGGAUUCAGACACAUACCUCAGAAUGCCGGGUCUAAGUUGUAGAUUUUAUCAACACAAAUUUCCUGAGGUGGAAGAUGUAGUGAUGGUGAAUGUAAGGUCCAUUGCUGAAAUGGGGGCCUAUGUCAGCUUGCUGGAAUACAACAAUAUUGAAGGCAUGAUUCUUCUUAGUGAGUUGUCCAGAAGGCGUAUCCGUUCUAUAAACAAACUGAUCAGAAUUGGCAGGAAUGAAUGUGUGGUUGUCAUAAGAGUGGACAAAGAAAAAGGAUAUAUUGAUUUGUCAAAAAGAAGAGUUUCUCCAGAGGAAGCAAUCAAAUGUGAAGAUAAAUUCACCAAAUCCAAAACUGUUUACAGCAUUCUUCGUCAUGUUGCUGAGGUGUUAGAGUACACCAAGGACGAGCAGCUGGAGAGCCUGUUCCAGAGGACUGCCUGGGUCUUUGAUGACAAAUACAAGAGACCUGGAUAUGGUGCCUAUGAUGCAUUUAAGCAUGCAGUCUCAGACCCAUCUAUUUUGGAUAGUUUAGAUCUGAAUGAAGAUGAACGGGGAGUACUUAUUAACAAUAUUAAUAGGCGUUUGACACCACAAGCUGUCAAAAUUCGAGCAGAUAUUGAAGUGGCUUGUUAUGGUUAUGAAGGCAUCGAUGCCGUAAAGGAAGCCUUGAGAGCAGGUUUGAAUUGUUCUACAGAAACCAUGCCCAUCAAGAUUAAUCUAAUAGCUCCUCCUCGAUAUGUGAUGACUACAACAACUCUGGAGAGAACAGAAGGCCUCUCUGUUCUCAAUCAAGCUAUGGCUGUUAUUAAAGAAAAGAUUGAGGAAAAGAGGGGUGUCUUCAGUGUUCAAAUGAAGCCUAAAGUGGUCACAGAUACGGAUGAAACUGAACUUGCAAGGCAGCUUGAGAGGCUCGAAAAAGAGAACGCAGAAGUGGAUGGAGAUGAUGAUGCAGAAGAAAUGGAAGCCAAAGCCGAAGAUUAACUUUGUGGGAAACAGUCCAUUUUAAGGAACACAAAGCAGCCCUUCCUGGCUGUAAACCCUAGACUUGAAAGUUUUCCAGUAUUGAAAACUUCAAAGCUGAAUAUUUUUUAUUUCCAAGUAUUUAAAUGUUCCAACAGACCAAAACAUGACAUGUCCUCCUAAAAGUCAGCUGUUUUCACACAGAAGCUCCAACAUUCAGCAGUUUAAGCGAGUGGGCCUAACUUCACUAGAGACAAAUCUUUAACAGUCAUAAAAUUGGGCUUGUGGUUUCCAUUUCUGAUGUCUCCAGAUUGGCACCCCUUUGUAGUUCAGUGCCUCCCUGAGAUUUAUCAGGGGCACCCAAAGCAAAUAGCCUCAACCUUUCUACAUAAAAUGUAUCAAGCAAAAAUUAAAUAAAUUUCUGGGAUAUUUAA